AUGGAUGGACAGUAAACCCAUGUCUGGAAGGAAUUACAUGCAGCAAAAAGGACACAUUCUACGCUUCUUUUCCAAAAAGGACGACUUCCAUCUAAAGCAGUCCGAAUCUCCACAAAGUUGCGAGUUCCUGAGAAAACAGUUCACUGUGGAGCACAUCAAACGAAGACACCAAAUUCUGACCAGGAGAGCUGAAAAUGCCAAGCAUGCUGUCGGCUUGUCCAGAAAGGGUCACCGUAAGAGACAAAGAGGAGUACAACAAUCAAUGAAUGUUCAGAAGGACAAGACUUGGGAAACUGGAAUUUACGGAGCAGAUCAACUGUUAGAACAACGUAUCAGAAAUGGAACUAAAGAGUACUUGGUGAAGUGGAGGGAUAGCAACAUUCGAACAUGGGAGCCAGUCGAGAACAUUCUUGAUGGAAGAUUGAUCAGCACUUUUGAGGAAUCACUUGGAGCUGGGAGUAUGAACAAGCCUUUGACAAAGAAGAGGAAGAACAACACUCUGGGAUGAACUUCAGGCUAGAUCAGUCAACCUCAACAAUAUAGUAUAAUACAUACUGUGUAAGGUUUUUGUUGUAGUUAAUAAUGUACAUGAUGUGUAUUACUAGUAAGACUACUCAUACAUGUAUAUCUUGAGCCCUG